AUGCAAACAAACAAAUCGGACAGCUCACUCUCUCUCUCUCCAGUCUCCCCUUCUCUACUUACGUUACAAUACGAUACAAAAUAAUUAUACUCACCCUCUCUCCUCUCUCACAAAAUCUUGAAAUUCGAACUAAAAUCAAUUCAAAUCCACCUCUCUCUAUCCUUCUCUCUCCCCAAAUUCUUGAAAUACCCCUUUCUCUGUUAUCUUCUCGAACCUCCUCACAUUUUCAAGUUCAAGUCUCUCAUGAGAAGUUAGAUUCAAAGAGCUAUAGGAAGCCCCCAUAUUUCAAUUUCGAUAAAGAUGAGAAGAACUGUGGCACCAGUACUGAGAAGAGAACUGGAAAAUCUUGACAAGGAUGCUGAUAGUAGGAAAUCGGCUAUGAAAGCUUUGAAACAUUAUGUUAAGGAGAUGGAUUCGAAGGCGAUUCCUCUCUUUCUUUCUCAGGUUUCGGAUACCAGAGUGGCGGGAUCUACUGGGGAAUAUACAAUUUCUCUUUAUGAAGUGCUUGCUCGAGUUCAUGGCCCUAAAAUUGUUCCUCAAAUUGAUAACAUUAUGACUACUGUGGUAAAGACAUUAACUUCUAGUGCUGGUUCAUUUGCUCUUCAGCAGGCUUGCUCAAAGGUAGUUCCAGCAAUUGCAAGGUAUGCAAUUGAUCCAAUGACUCCAGAAGACAAGAAAAAACAUAUUAUUUACUCUCUUGCUAAGCCACUUUCAGAUUCUUUACUGGUCAAUCAAGAAAGUCUGUCUUCUGGAUCUGCCCUCUGCUUGAAGGCGCUUGUAGAUUCAGAUAAUUGGCGUUUUGCAUCUAAUGAGAUGGUGAAUGAAGUUUGUCAAAGAGUUACUGCAGCUUUGGACAAACCUAUGCAAACUAAUUCUCAUAUUGGACUAGUCAUGGCUUUGGCUAAGAGCAAUAGUCUAGUUGUUGAAGCAUAUGCAAGGUUGUUAAUACGAGGUGGAUUAAGGAUCUUGACUGCUGGAAUUGCUGAGCAAAAUUCUCAGAAAAGGCUUUCAGCAAUUCAGAUGGUGAAUUUUCUAAUUAGGUGCUUGGAUCCUAAGAGCAUAUUUUCAGAGCUAGGGCUGAUUAUGGAGGAGAUGGAAAAGUGUCAGUCGGAUCAGAUGGCUUAUGUCAAAGGGGCUGCUUUUGAAGCAUUACAGACAGCCAAAAAAAUUGCCGCUGAGGAAGAGAAAAAAUUUGAAAGGGAUAUGGGUUCAAACAGUGGAUCAAACUUUUGUAGGAGUCCCAGCCCGAGGAGAAUUUUUUGGGAUAUAGGAGAUCAAUCAUCUCUAUCUACUUCACCAGAAUCGCAGGUUAUUCAGUCAUCUUUUGGAUGUGAUUCUUUCAUGGAAUCCCCAUUCUCGAGCAGUUUUACAUCUGGGAACUUGAUUAUCAAUCAGAGAAGUGCAAACCGGAAACAUUGGAGAAGAUUUGACACAGGUGGCCUGGAUGUUUCUCUUAAGGAUGGGAUUUUCUCGGAGCUGACUCCCAGAAGUGUAAUUGAUCAUUCUGAGCAUGACAAAUCUUCUGGGAACAAAGACGACUGUGCAAAUGGAUUUGCAGGAUUUUUCCAAAGAAGUCCUAGAAAUGCUAGGAUAAGGAGUGCUACUCCUAGCCCUCAGAGAUCACGAUCUCGCAUCAAUUUCAAUGAUGACCGCAUUUUCAAAACACCAAGAAAGCUGAUAUGCGCCCUUCAAGAUGACAAGAGUGGGAACUCUGAAGUCUCCACAAAGCUAGGCAGAAAAUUUAAGAGUCCACACUCGAGCAAAUUUGAGUCAAGCCCAGCAUCAAAGUGUAGUCAGAACGGAUUUUCACGUCACCCUGCAUCGAAUUAUGACCAUAUCUCUUUGCCUAGAAUGAACCAUGGUGCAUACAAGAGUGAAGAAGGCAGAGAGGGCCAUGGUAGCUCAGAAUCGGUGUCAUCGUCUGAAUAUGUCCCUAUAAUAGCUGAUGAGAAGGAAUCUGAAAAAUUGGUUCCCACAAAUAAAGCUAAUUCUCUGAAGAUCCAUGCUCCUAGAGAAAAAAAUGUGAGGUCUCUUACUAUGGUUUGUGGGAUCUUUGUUUUUAUUUUUGCAGUUUUUGUUUGUUUGUUGUGGAUUGGCGGCGAUCAAGAUGAAGGCUAUAACCUUCUCCCCACAUAGAAUCAUAUUGGAUGUAACAAACAUUGAAUAUCGUUUAGGAACCUUAUAAACUUUUAGUUACAAGUUUGUUGUUACAAUCUUGAAACCCUGGAUAGAAACUGGAUCGUUUUAAUCAAGAUAUUGAUGUUCUUUCUUCAUUAAUAGGA